CUACUCAGUUGCGCACACGCAGCCGCGGCAAACGACCGCGUUUGAAUUUCGAAUUGUUUUCGCGCGUCUAUACAUCCGUUGGCAUCAUUGUGUUCGGUUUUCGAAUUACGGCCUGCUAUGAGAUUUUUAAUUUUCAAUCAAAAAAGUGUUGCGCCGGAUUCACGGUGGUGCGCGCGUGUUGUGCCAGUGAGAUGCGCACUUUUUGUGCGCCAUAGAAAGUGACUUCAUCACAAAGGAUUACAGUGAUUAAUGUUGUUGGAAAACACGUGUGAAUAGAGCUCUAUAGUGAUACAGCAAAAUGUCUGCGACGGCCACUCGUCAUGUGAAAUCAUCGAACUCGGCGAAUAUACUUAUGUGCAAACAGUGGUGGAAAGUGUGUUGGAUGCACGGCGAUCAAGAGAAAUACUACAGACAACUAUAUGGAAAGAGAAAGAUCAAUAACCUCAACACAAACUUCAUCAAUUUCGAGUCAAUCGAUACCAAACGUCCCGGAGCACAAAUAACUGAGUUAACGGAUGAUUUUUUCGAAAAUAAUUUAACUACACAAAUAGAACCAGCACCUGAUGAGACAGAAACUGAUAAUACAAAAGAAUUCACGUUUGGAGUUGAAUCUGAACCUAUAUAUGGAUUUGAUAAUCAAACGACAUGGCAAAGAGACCAAAGAAGACAACCUAUACAGCAAAACUACGAAGAGUAUAUGAACACGGCAGAUCUAGAUCAAAUAUUAGGCUCAAGUAUAACUGCAGAUAGUAUAAAGAGUAUGUUAGAGAACGGUCUACCUCUGGAAUCUAAAUCAAAACAAUUAUUAGAUUCUAAAGAAGAGAUACUCAGAAAAGGCAAUGUGUUUGGCAAAUCAACAAAGACAGUGUGUAGAACUAAAAAGGGCGCGAUAGUGACCGAAGAUACUGAAAUAUCAACUGAUGGGAAGACAUUAGCUAAUUUUAGGUUUCAAAGGUCGACAGUGAAGUCUGGGCCGAAUAAAGUUAAAGAAGUGUUACAGCCUUUGAAGGAGGAUAAAGUGCUGGAUGAGUGUUCGAGGAAGAAGUGCAUUGGCGAUAAAUUGACGACGACUACGACAACGCUGGUCACCGUCACGCAGAGCACCACCACCUGCUGUAAUGAGCCUGUCUGCAGAAACUGCGUGGUAUCACCCACCGGAUCAUCGCCACCUCCUCUCCACGAGCAGGCAUCUUCACCGCCGCCGCCAGCGCCGUCAUCACCCACCAACUCACCGAGACUCUUGCCCUCCCUCCCAUCACCGCAGCCAAGCCACAGCGGCUCCUCAGUACCUAGCCAAUCGAAUUCCCCCCACCCGUACUCCUACCCUAACUUUCGGAGAAGUCAACCAGUCCAAAGCCAGAACUAUCCAGACUACAAUCUGCUGCAUAGCCAUAGCGUUUCUCAGAUAAAUCAACCAGGUCAUAAUUACCAUUCCCCCCAGUCUCCCCAGUCUGCGAUGUCGUUAUCCCCCCAUCCUGUUCCUCAGGGAAAGUUCAGGGGAUUGUUGGAGCAUGCCGAGAGACUGAUGAAGCCUGGCGAUCCCCACAGGCACUCCCAGUCCGACGAUGACUCGGGCUGUGCCUUGGAAGAGUAUACAUGGGUCCCGCCAGGACUGAGACCUGAACAAGUGCACCUGUACUUCUCGGCGCUGCCAGAAGACAAGGUUCCGUAUGUGAACAGUGUGGGCGAGCGGUACCGUCUCAAGCAACUGUUGCAGCAACUACCGCCGCAGGACAACGAGGUGCGCUACUGCCAUGCGCUUUCUGACGAGGAGCGGAAAGAGCUGAGGCUGUUCAGUGCGCAGCGCAAGCGGGACGCGCUCGGUCGGGGGCAGGCGAGGCAGCUGCAUGCGCCGGCGCCGUGUGAACGGUGUGAGGAGACCAUGUCAGCGGGCGACAUGUGCGUGUCGGCGGCCAGGGCGGGACCGUCAGCGCGCUGGCACCCCGCCUGCUUCGUCUGCUCCACCUGCCAGGAACUGCUGGUCGACCUGGUCUACUUUUGGAAAGACGGGCUACUCUACUGCGGCCGUCACCACGCUGAGAAGCUGAAGCCGAGGUGUUCAGCUUGCGACGAGAUAAUCCUAGCAGACGAGUGCACGGAAGCCGAAGGACGAGCGUGGCACAUGAAGCAUUUCGCGUGCGCAGAAUGCUCACGGCAGCUUGGCGGCCAACGGUACAUCAUGAGAGAAGCGAGGCCCUACUGCUUGCCCUGCUUCGACAACUGCUUCGCCGAGUACUGCGACGCUUGCGGGGAACCGGUCGGCGUGGAUCAGGGCCAAAUGUCCCACGAGGGGCAACACUGGCACGCGACCGAACGAUGCUUCGCCUGUCACACGUGCAGAGCCAGCCUAUUAGGCCGCCCCUUCUUACCACGCAAAGGAGCUAUCUAUUGCUCUAUAGCUUGUUCUAAAGGUGAGCCACCGACACCUUCCGAUUCUUCGGGCCCCGGACCUCGACCACCGAGAGUGCCUCGACCGAGAAGAGCACCCUCCCCGAAGUCUCCGCCACGAACACCACAGAGAGAUCCUUCACCUCAUAAUAUCGACGCAGAUUCCGAACCGAGUGGCUCUUUAUGUCCAGAGUCCCCUCCACCUCACCCUCCACCACCUCCACAUGCCUGCCUUAGCCUUGAUAGAGCGUUAGCAGAUUUAAGAUUAGAACAGUCCAUGACAGAGCACCAAAUACAACCGACGCCAACGUCGGAAGAACACAGAGACGAAGAAUCACCUGAAGAUUGGAAACCACCACACCCUGUCGAAGCUCAAGCGGUAGUUACCCCCGGGCAUUCGUCAUCGAUGCCAGAAUUGACAGUAGUUGAUGGAAUGAAAUCAACAAGGAAACCUAGAGGCGGAAGAACAGUGCGGUUCUCGGGUGACGACAACGAAGCCUUCGAGCCUGACGAGCCUGUGAGAAAACAGAAGGUCAGAGACGACGACGCGAGCAGUUACUGCAGCACGUGUUCUUCCUCGUCCUCAUCAGCUGAAUCCUACACACUGCCGACUAGGAGAGCUUACGGCGGUGUUAGGAUAUCGUACAUUCCGAACGACGCGGUCGCGUGCGCGAAACGCGAGAGACAAAGGAAAAACGCUCAAAACGACAAGAACUGCAUCAUCUCGUGAUCUUGGGUUCUUAUAGUGCCUCAAAAUCCCUCCUAGUGACACCGACCUCCGAAACUAAGACUGACUCAAAUAGUUUUGUAGCCCCUUAAAGCCAUAGUAUUGUAAGAAAUUUAGUGAAAAAGCAACUGUCUUCCUCAUAGCGCACUUUGUACUCCUAUAUUAACUUCGCCAAUAAAAGCUUUGACAAAUGGUAUGCUACGAUAAAGGGUGUACGUUACUAAUAAUAUAUUUAUUGAGCCAGGUGUGCGCGUGCGUGCAUACGAUGACGGCGUGACAGUAGACAGUCGUCGUGUUGUGACGUCCACGCGGGCGUUACAACUUCGGCAUCCAAAUAAAAGACUUACCAGUGAAUAGAGAUUUCGACAAAUUUCUAUUCCAAUUCAUAAUUCGAACAUAAUCGCUUCUAAAUGUGACGCUUCAUUUAUGCGAUUACGCACCUUUUCUCAAUCGAACGGGUUGGCUCGCUUCGCUGUUUUUUCUAUGUAAACUGAUUAAUUGAGGCCUAAAGUUAGUGAUCUGAUAUUAUAAGUCGUCAGCUUUAACUUAUUCGGGAGUUUAAUAUAUUAAUCGUUAAAUUAAUCGACAUAUCGCAUGUAAUUAAAAAAUACCAUAUCGUAUUCAUAGAAUGAUUAAUUUAAAACAUAUCCCACUUUGCCACUUAGGUUAACUUUAGUUGUAUAAGUAUUUUAGUAUUAAUUUAGUGAAACAUUUGUACAUUAUAAACGAAAUAAGUACAAAGAGACGCGUUGUAUUAUUUUGUAUUUCAGCUAUAUUCGAAAAUGUGUGUUCAAAUUAUUUUACCUAUGUAAAUAAAGGUAAGAAAACAAUUUAUUAUGGUUAGAUUAGUUUAAAAUUGCCUUAUGUAUUUAAGCAAUUGUAUUAUUGUAAAAAUUUGAUAAUAAUAUUGUGUAUAAUAUAUAAAACAACACCGGAUACUAAAAUAAUAUUAGAUAGAUUGUUGAUUUUAAAGACAAAUGUGACAUACUUACACAUAACAUGUUAUAUUGACGUCGAAAGAUGGCGUUCUUAAACAGUAUUUAUUUAAUAUUAAUAUCUACUAAAUUUAAAUAACAUUACGGACACACAUUGCAUAAUCGACAGUCAAAAGAAUGGUAUCCUUUUAUGUAUGUAUUCAUAGAUUAAAAAAUAAGCCAGUGAAGUGAGUUAGAGAAUUCACUGGCUACCUUUGGCCCUGUUUUCACCAAAAUACAUGUCUCAAACACAACGUCCUAGUAUUUUGGGACAUGUAUUUCGUUUUUAGUAAAAAUAUCAAGUUUCAUACAUGUGUCAGAGCAUGGUAUGAAUGCUCCACCUACAUCAUAUAUGGUACAUGUAUUUACUGAAAUUUGAUUAUAUUAUCUAGAGAGUAAAUGGAGAUAGUUAAAAUUUUUUUGCCAUAGUCGCUGCAAACGUAUUAAAAUUGCACCUUAAAUGAAAAAUGGGAAUUAAAGAAAGAAUAGAAUAUUAUGUUUAGGUAUAUAAUCAAUAUAAAAUGCAAUGCAUUCACGUCAUAAAACUUUCCGACGUUCAUCGAAUUCAUGGUUUUUUUUUAUGUGAUUUAUAAAACUUUUAUGGAGGCAUAAAAAUAUUAGAAUACUUAGCGACCGUAAUGUUACAGUGCUCCCCUCCAAAUACUUAUUUUGUAGCGUUUUGUAUUAGUGUAUAGUAUUUUAUACAGAUACCUUUUUUUGUGUACAAAUAAAUAAAUGAUAUUAUGUAAUACGUAAAGUUUUUAAAGUUAUUUGUAAUAACUGAAGACGAAUAAAAUGUUUUUCA